AUGGCAGCCACCUCAUUUUCCACGACCCAGUUAAUUCUCUGGAGCGGACUGGUGGGCAUCGGCGGUGCCAUGGUUACCGCCAACUCCAACGCCAUUCUGGCCAUGGUAUUCCCGGCGGAGGAGCGGGGCCGCGCCUUUGCAGUGCCGGUGGUGGCCGCGCGUUUCGGAACCCUGAUCGGGCUGGGUAUGUUUGGCCUGUUCCUGCAAUUCUUCAGUCUGCAAUGGGGCUGGAGAUUGGUCUUCAUCUCUUCCCUGCCUAUCGGGUUGCUGGCCAUCUAUUGCAGCCUCCCCCUGCUGAAGUACCACGCCCAGCAGGCGACCGAGGAUAUGAAGCAGGUCUCCAUCAACUAUGUUGGCGCCAUCCUGAUGGUUGCUACCCUGGGAACCUUCAUCCUGUCGGGCCUGCACAUGCACGACGGGGCCGAGUCAUUCACCACUCCCGACGCCCUCAGCUAUCACAUUCCGAUGCACCUGCUGUUCUUUGCCUGCCUGAUACUGUUUAUAAUCAUCCAGCAGCGCAGCAACGAUCCCUUUGUUGAUUUCGGGUACUUCAAACAGAAGUACUUCUCAAUGGCCCUGUUCACCAACACCUGUUUCCACCUGUCCAUGCUGGCGGUUACCACGCUGAUACCGAUACUGGUGGAAAACGGACUGGGCCAGGCUCCAAUAAUGGUAGCCUUUGUCCUGCUGCCCAACCAGGUUUUGGGUCUGUUCCUGCCCACCCUGGGCGGCUGGAUCCAUGACCGGCACAACCCCCGCUGGCUGCGGCCAGGCUCCCUGAUGCUUAUCGCGUCAGGCUUCCUGCUGGCCGGCUUUUUUGCCGACAACAUACCCAUUUACUGGUUGCCCGUGCUGUUGUUGCCUAUUGCGGUGGGGUCCAACAUGUUCAACUCGCCCAACAAUGCAACGGUGAUGAACUCGCUGCCCGAGAACCGCAGCUUUGCCUCGGGUAUGCUGGAGACCACCCGCCAAAUGGGCCACUCGAUAGGCACCACCGUCAGCGCCACGGUGCUGGGACUGGCGCUGCCCGUGGCCAUUGACCUGAUGCCCUCGGCGGAAGCUCAGACCCACUACCUGAGCGGGUUCCAGAUUUCUGCUCUCGCCGUGGUCUGGAUUAUGAUUUCGGGCGGCAUAGUGGCCAUGUUCCAGCGCACCCCCACAGCUAGCAAUGCCCCGCCAAGGGCGGCCCCGGCGGCCCAGCCUGGCGGCGGCGACAACUAG